ACGCGAUUCCGGGGCCGCCGCUGCCGCUGUCGCCGAGCCCAGCCGAGCCGCUCUCACCUCGGGCUCCCGCUCCGCCUCCGCCUCCGCCUUUGCCCUCGCGGCACGACCCCUUCUCGGGCGCUGCCCGCAGCAGUCGCGCGCCGCCAGCCCCGUGCCCGCAGCGCAGCCCGGGCCCUGAGAGAUGGGGGCCGCCGCCGGCCGGAGCUCCCACCUGGGGCCCGCGCCCUCCCGCCGCCCGCAGCGCUCCCUGCUCCUGCUGCAGCUGCUGCUGGUCGCGGCCCCGGGGGCCACGCAGUCCCAGACCGCCCCGUUCCCCGAGCUGUGCAGUUAUACAUGGGAAGCUGUUGAUACCAAAAAUAAUGUUCUUUAUAAAAUCAACAUCUGUGGAAGUAUGGAUAUUGCCCAGUGUGGGUCAUCAAGUGCUGUUUGUAUGCAUGACCUGAAGACAGACAACUUUCAUUCAGUGGGUGACUAUCCUCUGAGAAGUGCAACCAGAUCUCUUCUGGAAUUCAACACAACAGUGAGCUGUGACCAGCAAGGCACAAAUCACAGAGUCCAGAGCAGCAUUGCCUUCCUGUGUGGGAAAACCCUGGGAACUCCUGAAUUUGUAACUGCAACAGAGUGUGUGCACUACUUUGAGUGGAGGACCACUGCAGCCUGCAAGAAAGACAUAUUUAAAGCAAAUAAGGAGGUGCCAUGCUAUGCAUUUGAUACAGAGUUGAAGAAGCAUGAUCUCAAUCCUCUGAUCAAGCUUAGUGGUGCCUACUUGGUGGAUGACUCUGAUCCGGACACUUCUCUAUUCAUCAAUGUUUGUAGAGACAUAGACACACUACGGGACCCAGGUUCACAGCUGCGGGCCUGUCCCCCUGGCACUGCUGCCUGCCUGGUAAGAGGAGACCAGGCGUUCGAUGUUGGCCAACCCCAGGAGGGACUGAAGCUGGUGCGCAAGGACAGGCUUGUCCUGAGUUACGCGAGGGAAGAGGCGGGAAAGCUAGACUUCUGUGACGGUCACAGCCCCUCAGUGACUAUUACGUUUGUUUGCCCAUCGGAGCGCAGAGAGGGCACCAUUCCCAAACUCACUGCUAAAUCCAACUGCCGCUAUGAAAUUGAGUGGAUUACCGAGUAUGCCUGCCACAGAGAUUACCUGGAAAGUACAACCUGUUCUCUGAGCAGCGAGCAGCAGGAUGUCUCCAUAGACCUCACACCACUUGCCCAGAGCGGAGGUUCAUACUAUAUUUCAGAUGGGACAGAAUAUUUGUUUUAUUUGAAUGUCUGUGGAGAAACUGAAAUACAGUUGUGUAAUAAAAAACAAGCUGCAGUCUGCCAAGUGAAAAAGAGCAAUACCACUCAAGUCAAAGCAGCAGGAAGAUACCGGAAUCAGACCCUCCGGUAUUCGGAUGGAGACCUCACCUUGAUAUAUUCUGGCGGCGAUGAGUGCAGCUCAGGCUUUCAGCGGAUGAGCGUCUUAAACUUCGAGUGCAAUAAAACUGCAGGUAACGAUGGGAAAGGAGCUCCUGUAUUCACAGGUGAGGUUGACUGCACCUACUUCUUCACUUGGGACACGAAAUAUGCCUGUGUUAAAGAGAAGGAAGACCUCCUCUGCGGUGCCACCGAUGGGAAGAAGCGCUAUGACCUGUCUGCGCUGGCCCGCCAUGCAGAACCAGAGCAGAAUUGGGAAGCCGUGGAUGGCAGCCAGACAGACACAGAGAAAAAGCAUUUUUUCAUUAAUAUCUGUCACAGGGUGCUGCAGGAAGGCAAGGCACGAGGGUGUCCCGAGGACGCGGCAGUGUGCGCAGUGGAUAAGAAUGGAAGGAAAAAUCUGGGAAAAUUUAUUUCUUCUCCCAUAAAAGAGAAAGGAAACAUUCAGCUCUCUUAUUCAGAUGGUGAUGAUUGUGGUCAUGGCAAGAAAAUAAGAACUAAUAUCACACUUGUGUGCAAGCCAGGUGAUCUAGAAAGUGCACCAGUGUUGAGAACUUCUGGGGACGGCGGUUGCUUUUAUGAGUUUGAGUGGCACACAGCUGCUGCCUGUGUGCUGUUUAAGACAGAAGGGGAGAACUGCACGGUCUUUGACUCCCAGGCAGGAUUUUCUUUUGACUUGUCACCUCUCACAAAGAAAAAUGGUGCCUAUAAAGUUGAGACAAAGAAGUAUGACUUUUAUAUAAAUGUGUGUGGCCCAGUGUCUGUGAGUGCCUGUCAGCCAGACUCAGGAGCCUGCCAGGUGGCAAAAAGUGAUGAGAAGACUUGGAACUUGGGACUGAGUAAUGCGAAGCUUUCAUAUUAUGAUGGGAUGAUCCAGCUGAAUUACAGAGGCGGCACGCCCUAUAACAACGAAAGGCACACGCCGAGAGCUACGCUCAUCACCUUUCUUUGUGAUCGAGAUGUGGGGGUGGGCUUCCCUGAAUAUCAGGAAGAGGAUAACUCCACCUACAAUUUCCGGUGGUAUACCAGCUAUGCCUGUCCGGAGGAGCCCCUGGAGUGCGUGGUGACCGACCCCUCCACCCUGGAGCAAUAUGACCUUUCCAGUCUGGCAAAAUCUGAAGGUGGCCUUGGAGGAAACUGGUACGCCAUGGACAACGCAGGGGAACAUGUCGCAUGGAGGAAAUACUACAUCAAUGUGUGUCGGCCUCUGAAUCCGGUGCCGGGCUGUGACCGAUACGCAUCUGCUUGCCAGAUGAAAUAUGAAAAGGAUCAAGGCUCCUUCACCGAAGUGGUUUCCAUCAGUAACUUGGGAAUGGCAAAGUCUGGCCCGGUGGUUGAGGGGCGUGGCAGUCUCCUUCUGGAAUACGUGAAUGGGUCGGCCUGUACCACCAGCGAUGGCAGACGGACCACGUACACCACGAGAAUCCAUCUUGUCUGCUCCAGGGGGAGGAUGAACAGCCACCCCAUCUUUUCUCUCAACUGGGAAUGUGUGGUCAGUUUCCUGUGGAACACAGAGGCUGCCUGUCCCAUCCAGACAAUGACGGAUACAGACCAGGCUUGCUCUAUAAGGGAUCCCAACAGUGGGUUUGUGUUUAAUCUUAACCCGCUGAACAGUUCACAAGGAUAUGUGGUCUCCAGCAUUGGGAAGACUUUUGUGUUUAAUGUCUGUGGCACAAUGCCCGUCUGUGGGACCGUCCUGGGAAAACCUGCUUCUGGCUGUGAGGCAGAAACUCAAAUUGAAGAGCUAAAGAAUCUGCGGCCAGAAAGGCCAGUUGGAGUUGAGAAAAGCCUCCAGCUGUCCACCGAGGGCUUCAUCACUCUGACCUACACAGGGCCUCUCUCUGGCAAAGGGACUGCUGAUGCUUUUAUCAUCCGCUUCGUUUGCAAUGAUGAUGUUUACCCAGGGAACCCCAAAUUCCUGCAUCAAGACAUCGACUCUGGGCAAGGGAUCCGAAACACUUACUUUGAGUUUCAAACUGCAUUGGCCUGUGUUCCUUCUCCAGUAGACUGCCAAGUGACUGACCUGGCUGGAAAUGAGUACGACCUGAGUGGCUUAAGCACAGUCAGGAAGCCUUGGACAGCUGUUGACACCUCUGUCGAUGGGAGAAAGAGGACUUUCUAUUUGAGCGUUUGCAAUCCUCUCCCUUACAUUCCUGGAUGCCAUGGCAGCUCACUGGGGUCUUGCUUAGUGUCAGAAGACAAUAGCUGGAACCUGGGUGUGGUGCAGAUGAGCCCCCAAGUUGCAGCGAAUGGAUCUUUGAGCAUCGUGUAUGUCAACGGUGACAAAUGUGGGAGCCAGCGCUACUCCACCAGGAUCACGUUUGAGUGUGCUCAGAUAUCGGGCUCACCAGCAUUUCAGCUUCAGGAUGUCUGUGAGUACGUGUUUAUCUGGAGAACUGUGGAAGCCUGCCCCAUUGUCAGAGUGGAAGGAGACAACUGUGAGGUGAAAGACCCGAGGCAUGGCAGCUUGUAUGACCUGAAGCCCCUGGGCCUCAACGACACCAUCGUGCCUGCUGGUGAAUAUACCUACUACUUCCGGGUCUGUGGGAAGCUCUCCUCAGACGUCUGUCUCACGAGUGACAAGACCAAGGUCGUCUCCUCAUGCCAGGAAAAGCGGGACCCUCUGGGAUUUCACAAAGUGGCAGGUCUCCUGACUCAAAAGCUAACUUAUGAGAAUGGCUUGUUAAAAAUGAACUUCACUGGGGGGGACACUUGCCAUAAGGUUUAUCAGCGCUCCACAGCCAUCUUCUUCUACUGCGACCGCAGCACCCAGCAGCCAGUAUUUCUAAAGGAGACUUCAGAUUGUUCCUACUUGUUUGAGUGGCGAACGCAGUAUGCCUGCCCACCUUUCGAUCUGACUGAGUGUUCAUUCAAAGAUGGGGCUGGCAACUCCUUUGACCUCUCAUCCCUGUCAAGGUAUAGUGACAACUGGGAAGCCAUCACCGGGACGGGGGCCCCAGAGCACUACCUCAUCAAUGUCUGCAAGUCUCUGUCCCCGCAGGCCGGCACUGAGCCGUGCCCUCCAGAAGCAGCCGCGUGUCUGCUGGGCGGCUCCAAGCCCCUGAACCUCGGCAGGGUGAGGGACGGACCUCAGUGGAGAGAUGGCAUAAUUGUCCUGAAAUACGUCGAUGGCGACUUAUGUCCAGACGGGAUUCGGAAAAAGUCAACCACCAUCCGACUCACCUGCAGUGAGGCCCAAGUGAACUCCAGGCCCAUGUUCAUCAGUGCUGUGGAGGAUUGUGAGUAUACCUUUGCCUGGCCCACGGCCAUAGCCUGUCCUGUGAAGAGCAACGUGCAUGAUGACUGCCAGGUCACCAACCCAAGCACAGGACACCUGUUUGAUCUGAGCUCCUUAAGUGGCAGGGCAGGAUUCACAGCUGCUUACAGUGAGAAGGGCCUAGUCUACAUGAGCAUCUGUGGGGAGAAUGAAAACUGCCCUCCCGGUGUGGGGGCCUGCUUUGGACAGACCAGGAUCAGCGUGGGCAAGGCCAGCAAGAAGUUGAGUUACGUGGACCAGGUCCUGCAGCUGGUGUACAAGGACGGGUCCCCUUGUCCCUCCAAAUCUGGCCUGAGUUAUAAGAGCGUGAUCAGUUUCGUGUGCAGGCCUGAGGCUGGGCCAACCAACAGGCCCGUGCUCAUCUCCCUGGACAAACAGACGUGCACACUCUUCUUCUCUUGGCACACGCCGCUGGCCUGUGAGCAAGCAACGGAAUGUUCUGUGAGGAAUGGAAGCUCUGUUAUUGACUUGUCUCCUCUCAUUCAUCGCACGGGUGGUUACGAGGCUUACGAUGAGAGUGAGGAUGAUGCCUCCGAUACCAACCCUGAUUUCUACAUCAACAUUUGUCAGCCACUAAAUCCCAUGCACGGAGUGCCUUGUCCUGCUGGAGCCGCUGUGUGCAAAGUUCCUAUUGAUGGUCCCCCCAUAGAUAUCGGCCGGGUCGCAGGACCGCCAAUACUCAAUCCGGUAGCGAAUGAGAUUUACUUGAAUUUUGAAAGCAGUACUCCUUGCUUAGCGGACAAGCAUUUCAACUACACCUCGCUCAUCGCAUUUCACUGUAAGAGAGGUGUGAGCAUGGGAACACCUAAGCUGUUAAGGACCAGCGAGUGCGACUUUGUGUUUGAAUGGGAGACUCCGAUCGUCUGUCCUGAUGAAGUGAGGACUGAGGGCUGUGCCCUGACAGAUGAGCAGCUCCUCUACAGCUUCAACUUGUCCAGCCUUUCCACAAGCACCUUUAAGGUGACUCAAGACUCUCGCACCUACAGCAUUGGGGUGUGCACCACUGCAGCUGGGCCAGACCAAGGAGGCUGUAAGGAUGGAGGAGUCUGUCUGCUCUCAGGCACCAAGGGGGCAUCCUUUGGACGGCUGGCGUCGAUGAAACUGGAUUACAGGCACCAGGAUGAAGCUGUCCUUUUAAGUUAUGUGAAUGGUGACAGUUGCCCUCCAGAAACCGAUGAAGGUGUCCCCUGUGUCUUCCCCUUCAUAUUCAAUGGGAAGAGCUAUGAGGAAUGUAUCAUAGAGAGCAGGACGAAGCUGUGGUGUAGCACAACUGCGGACUACGACAGGGACCACGAGUGGGGCUUCUGCAGACACUCAAAUAGCCACCGGAUGUCCACCAUCAUAUUUAAGUGUGAUGAAGACGAGGACAUUGGGAGGCCACAAGUCUUCAGUGAAGUGCGUGGGUGUGAGGUGACAUUUGAGUGGAAAACAAAAGUUGUCUGUCCUCCAAAGAAGAUGGAGUGCAAAUUCAUCCAGAAGCACAAAACCUAUGACCUGAGGCUGCUGUCCUCCCUCACUGGGUCUUGGUCCCUGGUCCACGAUGGAGUCUCGUACUAUAUAAAUCUGUGCCAGAAAAUAUAUAAAGGGCCCCUAGGCUGCUCUGAAAGGGCCAGCAUUUGCAGAAGGAGCACAACUGGUGACGUCCAGGUCCUGGGACUCGUUCACACACAGAAGCUGAGGGUGACAGGUGACAAAGUUGUUGUCACGUACUCCAAAGGUUAUCCAUGUGGUGGAAAUAAGACCGCAUCCUCCGUGAUAGAAUUGACCUGUACAAAGACGGUGGGCAGACCUACAUUCAAGAGGUUCGACAUCGACAGCUGCACCUACUACUUCAGCUGGGACUCCCGGGCUGCCUGCGCCGUGAAGCCUCAGGAGGUACAGAUGGUGAAUGGGACCAUUACCAACCCUAUAAAUGGCAAGAGCUUCAGCCUCGGAGACAUUUAUUUUAAGCUGUUCAGAGCCUCUGGGGACAUGAGGACCAAUGGGGACAACUACCUGUAUGAGAUCCAGCUUUCCUCCAUCACGAGCUCCAGAAACCCGGCGUGCUCUGGAGCCAACAUAUGCCAGGUGAAGCCCAACGAUCAGCACUUCAGUCGGAAGGUCGGAACCUCUGACAAGACCAAGUACUAUCUUCAAGAUGGCGAUCUCGAUGUCGUGUUUGCCUCUUCCUCUAAGUGUGGAAAGGAUAAGACCAAGUCUGUUUCUUCCACUAUCUUCUUUCACUGUGACCCUCUGGUGGAGGACGGGAUCCCCGAGUUCAGUCACGAGACUGCCGACUGCCAGUACCUCUUCUCUUGGUACACCUCGGCCGUGUGUCCUCUGGGGGUGGGCUUCGAUGGCGAGAAUCCUGGGGACGACGGGCAGGCGCACAAGGGGCUGUCGGAGCGAAGCCAGGCGGUCGGCGCGGUGCUCAGCCUCCUGCUGGUGGCCCUCACCUGCUGCCUGCUGGCUCUUCUGCUCUACAAGAAGGAGAGGAGGGAAACAGUGAUAAGUAAGCUAACCACUUGCUGUAGGAGAAGUUCCAACGUGUCCUACAAAUACUCAAAGGUGAACAAGGAAGAAGAGACAGAUGAGAAUGAAACAGAGUGGCUGAUGGAAGAGAUCCAGCUGCCUCCUCCACGGCUGGGGAAGGAAGGGCAGGAGAAUGGCCAUAUUACCACCAAGUCUGUGAAAGCCGAGGCCCUCAGCUCCUUGCAUGGGGAUGACCAGGACAGUGAGGAUGAGGUUCUGACCAUCCCAGAGGUGAAAGUUCACUCGGGCAGGGGAGCUGGGGCAGAGAGCUCCCACCCGGUGAGAAACCCGCAGAGGAACGCCCUUUGGGAGCGUGAGGAUGAUAGGGCGGGGCUGGUCAGGGGUGAGAGGGUGAGGAAAGGGAAGCCCAGGUCUGCACAGCAGAAGACAGUGAGCUCCACCAAGCUGGUGUCUUUCCAUGACGACAGCGACGAGGACCUCUUACACAUCUGACUCCGCAGUGCCUGCAGGGGAACACAGAGCCGUGAGACAGCCAAGCACCUCCAACCAAAUAAGACUUCCACUUGACGAUGCUUCUGUAGUUUGCCUUUAACAAAAACUAUUUCAAAAGGGAAGAGUUUUUGUGAUGGGGGAGAGGGUGAAGGAGGUCAGGCCCCACUCCUUCCAGAUUGUUUACAGUCGUUGGAAUAAGGCAUGGCUCAGAUCGGCCGCAGGGCAGGACCUCGUGCCCAGGGUUUUGCCCAAGUCCUCAUUUAAAAGCAUAAGGCCGGACGUGUCUCCAGACAGGGGCUGCAUUUGAAAAACCCUUGCUGCUUUAGGCCCGAUAGGGUAUUUGACCCCAUUAUAUUUGAGCAUUUUAAUUCUCUCCUCCUAUUUAUUGACUUUGACAAUUACUCAGGUUUGAGAAAAAGGAAAAAAAGAAAAACAGCCACAGUUUCUUCCUGCCGGCACGGGUGUAAUGCACCGGUUUGUCCAUCCCGAAACAGCGAGGCUGUCAGUGUGCGGGACGGUCUCCGGUGGGAUUUUGAACUGGUCAUUAAUGUGUCCCCUGAGUUGGAGCUUAUUCUCUUUUCUCUUUUGCUUUUUGUUUCUUAAGGGUGUAUACACGUGCGUACAGGCGCACACGCACACGCGCACACACACGGGGUCCCUGAGUGCCUGGGUUUUGGAGAGUUCACUGUUCUAUGCCUUUAGUCAGGAACGGCUGCAGCUUUUUGCAUGACCUCUUCAAGCCUGGGUGUACAGAGCACAUUUGUCAGUAUUUCUUUCGCUGGCUGGUGAAUUCAAACAACCUGCCCAAAGAUUGGUGUGUGUGUGUGUGUGUGUGUGUGUGUGUGUGUGUGGAGUUGAGGUGUCAGAGAAAAUGAAUUUUUUCCAGAUUUGGGGUAUAGGUCUCAUCUCUUCAGGUUCUCAUGAUACCACCUUUACUGUGCUUAUUUUUUUAAGAAAAAAGUGUUGAUCAACCAUUUGACCUAUAAGAAGCCUUAAUUUGCACAGUGUGUGACUUACAGAAACUGCAUGAAAAAUCCCGGGCUAGAGCCUGGGCCCUAGCGUUGCACUUGGCCUCAUGCUGGAGGGAGGCUGGGCAGGCACAGCGUGGAGGCGGAGGGAGGCGGUGCUGGUGUUCUUCCUCUGGCAGCAGCGCCUUUCCUGCCAUGUUGAGUGAAUGACGUUUCUCGCGUUGUAGAAUUGUCUGUAGAAUCAGUGUCUGACGCUGAGAAGCAAACCUCCCCACAGCAUCCCUUGGCCUGUACCAGUUUGGCUGGCUUGUUUGAUUUCAACAUGAGUGUAUUUUUUAAAAUUGAUUUUUCUCUUCAUUUUUUUUCAAUCAACUUUACUGUAAUAUAAAGUAUUCAACAAUUUCAAUAAAAGGUAAAUUAUUAA